AGCUCCUGCUCCGCAGCGUCACCGACCCCGCUGGAACACUCAGCUCCUGCUCCGCAGCGUCACCGAUCCCACUGGAACACUCAGCAGCACCACCGAUCCCGCUGGAACACUCAGCUCCCGCUCCGCAGCGCCACCGACCCCGCUGGAACACUCAGCUCCCGCUCCGCAGCGCCACCGACCCCGCUGGAACACGCAGCGACUAAAAACAAUAGAAUGAGUAAAUGUUUAAACAACUUGAAUGCAUCUGGUUUAUUAUUUUUAAACGUGUGAAUACUAUUUACAUACCUGGAUCAUCCGGUGCGUCUUGCAUGUCCGUGUCCCCCUCCGUCACUACUCAGGAGGGAUUCCCCUAUAAUACCGGCAAGUCGCUCAUCAAGGGGGUUGAGCUCCGGUGUCCUCUUUCCGUCGCCCGUGGCACAAACACUUUGUGUAAGGCUAUGCACCUUUUGGCCUCCACUUUUGUCGGACCACUUUUUCAUUUCUGAGCCAGCAGCAUUGACAGCGUCCGCCACAUGUAAUGCCCACAGUGUGUCCACUAAACCAUAUAUUUUCUUGCUUCAUCCUCCCCUACAAGAACUUCCAUUUCACACUGGGUGAAAUGCUUCUUUUUAUUGCCUUUCUGUCGAAAUUUGUUGUCAUGCAGUCAAGACGCUCGCUCACGUGCGCCAAAUUUCGAGUUGAUUGUGAUUUAUAGCCAAAUUGUGAUUUAUAACGGGAAACCGGCGUGGGACGUGCCUACGUACUGUUUUAAAUCAGAAUAUUUUUGUGUGUAAGCACUUUCUGUGUUACCUUUUAACGUGAAUCCUCCGCCCAGUUUUAUAAAUUAGGCCUCUGGUCUGUAAACUGUUUCCUCCUGGAUACAGUAAGAGUGAAAUAAAUGUUCUGAUUGGUUCAAGUCUAGGUAAUGCAUGUUCAGCAGUAUCUGUAAACGAGAGGAAGGACCAGCACUGGAGUUGUCAGUGCCUUGUUCUCGGCAGAGUUCUCCCGCACGCUCACGAACUGAGAGAUGAACCUCUGUGUGGCUAUUGUCGUUCUCACUGCGGUCGUCUGCACUUCGGCAGAAAUUCCUCAUGAGACCGUCUAUGUGCUGGGCUGUCUUGAGAAGACAAAGGUGGAGGCGGAGGCAGAGCUUCAGGUGGAUGGGGAGGAAGUGGUAUAUGCUGACUUCCAGAGUGGACAGGAAGUUUGGACAUUGCCUGAGUUCCUGGGGCCAUUCCCAAGCUCUACUGUCCGUAACUUCUACAAGAAUGCCGUUAAAGGCAGACGAUUGUGUUGGGAUGCCUUGGCUCUUUGGAUAUUAGAAGAAAAGGGUCCACCUGAGGUAAAAGAUGCCCCUGAGAGCACCAUCUACCCCAGGGAUGAGGAGGAGCUGGGGGUGGAGAACACCCUUAUCUGCUUUGCCAAUCAUUUCUACCCCCCGCCUGUCAAAGUCAACUGGACCAAGAAUGGCCUGGAGGUGACUGAGGGAGCGUCUCUCAGUCGGUACUAUCCUAAUGAAGAUGGAACGUUCCACCAGCUCUCCAGCCUGAGUUUCACUCCACAGGAGGGGGAUGUCUAUGCCUGCACUGUGGAGCACACAGCCUUGGAGGACCCCAAAACCAGGUUCUGGGAGUAUAAGGUACGUGAGGUGAGUGGGUCCAGUGCUGGUCCUGCUGUAUUCUGUGGAGUGGGCCUGACUCUGGGACUGUUGGGAGUGGCUACCGGAACAUUCCUGUACGUCAAAGGACAACAGUUCAACUGAAUUGUGACAUAUAUGAAAUUUUAAAAAUCCUCUUUUGCAGUUGUAGGUAAACAAUGGGACAGAAUUAGUGGCAUACCGCAGUUUCAUAUUUUUUGUUGAGGGGGGAAACCGUUAACUUCGUACAAUUUUACACAUUUUGCCAUGGGGCAAAGAAAAAUAUGCAGUUUUAUAACUAAUCUCAUGCUAUUUUACACAUCUUGCCAUGAGGCUGAGAGAAAAUGUUGCUGUUUUAAAGCUAAUUUCCUGCAAUUCUACACAUAUUGCCAUGGGACAGAGAGAAAUGUGCAUUUUUAAGCACAUUUCCUGCUAUUCUACACAUUUUGAGAGAAAAUGUUGAAGUUUAGCAGCUAAUUUCCUGUCAUUUUAAACAUUUUUGCCAUGGCUUAU